AUGAAGAAUGGGGUAAGAGUCUUCGGAAAUGGAUGGAACAAUGGGCUGCUUCAUUUGAACACAAGAUUGUGUCGACUACAGGCGCUGGGGGAGUGGCACUGGGAGAGUAAUCAUCGUCACACUGUCUGUACCGCCCUUGCCCUGAUACACAUAACAAACCCAUCGUCACUCGCCGAGACCUUGAUUAUUGUUCCCAAUUCAACUUCGCUAAAGCCUCAUCACACCGCGGCUUUCGACAUUGGCAGCGCAACAGAAGUGGCCAAGUUCAUCGCCGAUGUCAUCUCCAAGUACCGCCAGAUCGAUCACCUCUUCAACUGUGCUGAUAUAAACCCAAGAAGAUUGGCUACGGAAGAGAUCACUGAUGCCUCAUGGGAUAAGCUCAUGAAACACAAACCUCAAGGGGCUAUUCAACGUCACCCGGCCCUUCAUCCUCCAUCUUCAGCCCAGCUCAACAAUAGUCAACAUUUCUUCUAUAUCGUCGCCCUUGAAACUUCUGCGCAAGAUGCAUUCUACCAUGCGACUACAGCUGGAAUCAUCGGAUUCUCUAAAACCACGGCUUUAGAGCUUGGCCUGCGUGAUAGAUUGGGAACGCUGGACGAGAUUGCAGAUGUGGUUGUUUUCUUGUUCAGUGACCAGAGUCGUUACAUGAAUGGGAGCGUUGUCGAGGUCAGUGAGGGGGGGGGGGAUCCAUGA